GUGUUUGUGACCACCGUGUGGCAUUUUGAGCCCUACAUGGUGCCCUUAGGGUUGUUGAUGCUCUUUGUGUACAACAUCUCCCUGAGCAGUCCUGACAAAGCCGUAAUCAUACAAGACCCCCAGGACUACAUUAUUGUAGAAGAGGACGAGGAUGAUGAUGACAAGGAGUCUGAAAAAAAGGGUUUAAUAGAAAGAAUUCACAUGGUCCAAGACAUUGUUAUAACAGUCCAAACACUUUUGGAGGAAAUAGCAUCUUUUGCAGAAAGGAUAAAAAAUACGUUCAACUGGACUGUCCCUUUCCUGUCUGCUCUGGCUUGCUUGGUGCUGACGAUAGCAAUGAUCGUGCUGUAUUACAUACCAUUACGGUACCUUGUUUUAAUAUGGGGUAAGUCUAUUCCUCAUGCCAUUUCCUUUCAUGGAUUCUACUAUAUGCAUUUCUAUAACAGUCUGUGGAGACAUCCCUGUAGUCCUGGACUUACAAUCAUUUGUUUAGCAACCAUUCAGAGAUACAGCAGCACUGAAAAAAGAGAGACUUAUGACUGGUCCUUGCAUUUAUGACUGUUGUAGCAUCCCCACAGUCCCAUGAUCAAAAAUCUGGGCUCUUGGCAACCAGUAUGUAUUUACAGCAACUGCAGGGUCCUGGGGUCAUGGGAGUGCCGUUCGUGACUUUCCCAGCAAAGUCAAUGGGGAGAAAGCUAGAUUUGCUUACCUGAUCCCCGUGUAUUAGUGAAUUGCAAUGAUUUCCUUAACAACAAUGGCCCAAAAGGUCAUAAAAUAGAAUUACAGUAGUGCAAAGCCUGAACUAAGGGUUCAACCGCCAAAUUUUCCCUCCCUUCUCAUUGCUUUGUCUCUCAUUGUCCAAUGAAUUUUUAAAAGAGAUGUUUUGGAAACACUCACUCUACGUCUUGUCAUUCUUCUGCUAGAGAAAUGACCUUGAAGACUUUGACGGUUCUCACAGUUCAGUUCCCCUUUCCCCCAAGCCCUCACCCUCCUUUCCAGCCCCCAACCCCAGGAUUUAUGGCAGACUGGCAGUGAAGUGGCAGUUCUGAUAGUAGGAGGAAGCAAUAUUAGGUCUCUUCACUG